GUCCUUAAAUAAAUAAUUGUCUAUGAACAUUCAAUUCUGAUAUCUUGACGGCUCUUGGAGCUAGAUGUUUAUAAAGUGCAGGCUACUUACAAGUCCGAGGCCGACUCCAGGUCUCCGGCUGGCCUACCCCAAUCAAUGGAACAGAUCUUUGAUUUUGAAAUGCAAUAUCCAUUAUGAUGGCCGUAGUAGAGUGUCAAACUUUUGGAUACCAACUGGAGGUAUUGAGAGGAAAGCGGCUGAAACAGUGAAAGAAGAUGCAAAUGACCUCCUGAUUAGAGCUGGCUUUAUACGCCAAGCCUACUCAGGUAUUUUUCAUAUGCUGCCAUUGGGGCUUCGCGUGCAGAAUAAGCUAGAGGCUUUGAUCGACAGGCACAUGGAAUCUCUUGGUGCAUCAAAAGUUUCCCUUUCAUCUUUAUCAUCCCAAGAACUAUGGGAGAAAACUGGGCGCUUAAAAAGCGGUUCUGAGGUAUUUAAGUUCAACGAUAGGAAAGAGUCCCGAUUUCUACUUGCUCCUACGCAUGAAGAAGAGAUCACUUCAUUGGUCGCAAGCUUAGUCAAUUCAUACAAGGAGCUGCCAUUGAGAUUAUAUCAAAUUACCAGGAAGUAUAGAGAUGAAGCCAGACCGCGACAGGGCCUCCUUCGUGGCCGAGAAUUUGUCAUGAAAGACCUGUAUACAUUCGAUUACAAUGCGGAGCAAGCACUAGCGACCUACGAAGCAACGCGAGAAGCAUAUAAGCGCAUAUUCGACACGUUGAAAGUUCCCUAUCUAGUCGCUGCCGCCGAUUCAGGGAACAUGGGCGGCAACCUGAGUCAUGAAUUCCACUUCAUCAGUGACAAAGGAGAAGAUACGUUGAUCAGCUGCUCUCAUUGCGAUUAUGUAUAUAAUGAGGAAGUAUCAGACGGCCGCGCAUUAGGCACUGUUAUCGAGAAGCCAUUGACUCCUCCUGUGCCGUCAGAGUCUGGUGUUGGGACCGAUAAUCCCCUGGCUAUAUCCGUAGCAUUAUGGACAGCUAUCUCCAAGGAUAAAAAGACUCUAGUGAGAGCCUGGUACCCACGAUAUUCGACACCAGAUCUCGGCAGUGAGCCGCGAGAAAGAGAGGUCAAUUCACACGCUAUUAAGGCUAUAGCAAAAUCAACAGGAAUUGAUCUUGAUACUGGCGUGGAAAGUCCGGUUGCACUUUGGUAUAUUGAUCUCAAGAAAACGACUGCUUCCGGCUUCCAGAUGGAAUCGACAUCUGCAUAUAAGAUUCUCGAUAUCUAUGACUCGCAAGUUGCCCCUUACAGUCGCCCGCCACUCAGUGGACUUCCAGAAAACUUCGACAAAGUCAAAUAUCCCGUUGAAUUUGCGCUAUUGAAUCGCUUCCCUGGCACUAAAGACGGGCUCAGUUUGACGCGAGUUCUCGAUGGCGAUAAGUGUCAUAAGUGUUCUGAGGGUUCUCUACAUAUGCACAAUGCAGUGGAACUUGGUCACACAUUUUAUCUCGGAACCCGUUACUCAGAAGUGCUCAAAGCCAAAGUCUUUGUGGAUAACUCGGUGAUCAAGUCUAAUGAAUCUAGCACGAAUAGCAACAAGUCCCAGAAUGUCCCGAUGGAAAUGGGCUGUCAUGGAAUUGGCGUUUCCCGUAUGAUAUCCGCAGUGGCAGAUGCACGCUCCGACAUCCGCGGUCUCAACUGGCCAAGAGCCAUUGCCCCGUUUGAAAUCAUCGUCGUACCAGCUCGUAACCUUGAGCCUGAAGCCGAAAAUAUCUACGAUCUUUUGAGACAGCAUACAGACACCAGCGACAUUAUUCUGGACGAUCGUACCAAACAGGUCGGAUGGAAACUCAAGGACGCUGAUCUGAUUGGGUAUCCGAUUGUAAUCGUCCUCGGAAAAGCAUGGAAGUCGGAACAUAAGGUUGAAGUGCAUUGUCGACAGUUGGAUGGGCUGCGAGAGGAUGUUCCUUUGGGCAAUCUGGUCGAAUACGUUAGAUCGUUGUUGGCAAGACUAUAACUAGGUCGUAGAGGCGGCCAAGUGUAGAUUACUACAUAUGUAACAUAGAUUUUUAUCAUUAGCAUCAAUAGAUUAAGUUUUUGUGUCUAU